AUGCACCCUCUAAACCCUUUUCUCCGCGCCUUCUUCCGAAGCACUGUUCCGGGGCAGUGUAUACCCGUUGAGAAUCAUGUCCUUCUUGUCCCUACGACAGAAUGUCUGGUCGGCUCGCGGGAUCGGGAGUCCAAUCUGUACUACUCGGAUCUUGUCGCGUCGGAGGAGUUUCUAGGGAGUCAUGUAUUACGAAUUCCAAUCAACGCAGCCUCAAAGGAUGGAAAGGAGGAUUCAAAUGUGCGGGAUAAUAGGGGCAAAGCAAAGCAAGUCACGACUUUCAAUGGGAGAACAGUUAUUAUCAAGGAGAACUCAGUCUACAGCAACAAAGGCUUCAAAUCCCUUACUCAAGCUCAGUUGUUGUCUGACGCCUUAUAUUACACACCAUCAAGCGAGUCGAGACCAUGGCUUAUAUACUACAUCUCUCGCCCGUUGAUAGGAACGUUUGAUCCGGCCAGGAUAGUUCCCGCUGCAGUGCCAGGGAGUAACGCGAAGAAGAUCGAGUCACCACCAACAAGUAAGAAAGCAACGAAUAGACACACCAUCGGGACACCACCAAAGCAGGAGAUUAAAACUUUCGGCGAGCUGUUGGCCAACUUUCCAAUGAUUGCGAGGCAGAUGCAGCCUGGCCUAGAAAGGCUAUUUCGGGAGUUUGGCAAAGAGCUUGGAAAGCCACUCCCACCACCACCCUCCAGGUCGCCAUCUGCUUCUGGAAGCGAAAAUGAACAUAAACUAUCCCGAGCCGAGACAUUAAUAGAUGAGAAUUCAUCUAUCCGCAGUUGGUCAUCCCGCCGUGGACGGCUUCCCUUCAAUUCCGAAGAAUAUUUUGAAGACGACGAAGAUCUUAUGCGAAGGAGCUUGGAGACUGCUGUGACAGCCGCCAUUGAUCUCUUCCGGUUGGUCGACAAGCAGCAACUAUCUCUCCUUGGUGCCACAACCGAUCUUACUGGCCCACUGGUAGAGCGACUUAUCGAGCGAUAUGUCGCUGAGCAAGUCCAUCAGCCAUUAUUAUUUCCUCGUCUUUGUGCUUUCCGGCAGCCCGAGGAUACAGAACUAGACUCUAGGAUCCGUCAUAUGGAAAGUAUUGACGUGACCCAAGUUGGGAUCAGUGUGGAAGGAGGGCAUGAAGGAAAAAGAGAACUAAUUCGCCGACUGGGGCGAGCUGUGGAUGAAUUCCGAAAGAUGGGGGAGGCCAGAAGUCCCCAUGAAAUGCUCAAUACCCUGUUGGAGACGGUCAAAGUGAUAUCAUAUCCGGGGAGCUAUAACCAAUUAGAUGGUUUGGGAUCUGAGAAAGGACGAUCCCCAAUUACCAUCAAUGCUGACGUCUUGGUGUCCUUGCUACUGGUUGUUGUGAUCAGAUCCCAAGUAAGGCAUCUGCAAGCUCGUUUACUUUACAUGCAACACUUCAUCUACAUUGACGACGUGGAUAGCGGUGAGAUGGGCUACGCCCUGAGCACGUUUGAAGCAGUUUUGAUGUACCUGGUCACUGAUUCAGCUGGUCUUCGUCGCGCAAGCGUGAGAAAUCGACGAUUAUGGCAAGCUACCAAGGCCGGACGGGUUUCGGACAUGAAGAGCAUUCUCGAGCCCAAUGGUGAUCACGAUUCUAUAGAUGAAACUAUUCCUCGCGAGCCAGAGCGCAAAUCAGUCUUUUUUCAAACAGACAGUGUUGAGGAUCUCGAAGAGUCCCCAUUCGAUACAUCGUCGAUGUACAGCAACUCGGUGUGCACGAAUGGCGAGCCAUUCCCGUCGCUUGAUGUUUCUUCUUCAGAAGCACCGCCCUUGUCUCACGUCUUCCCGUUUCAGACUUGGGAUGGGCCUUCAACCCCAAGAGACCCUAAUAGGCCAGUGAAAAAAGUUUCCAUGGAUGUUCGCAGCUUAUCAGAGUCGUCCGCUGUCUCGUUCCUCUCCCGAACGACUACUAUUGGGUCUAUGACGAGCGGCAUCGAGGGCGACAGCUCUAUUGAAACCAUGACCAGGACUCAGGACCCUGCUGGUGAUUCGAUUCCUAUGAUGGCCGUUGGAAGACGCCAAGCUGAGGCAUUAAAGUAUUUGCUGAGCCUAGAGGAAUAUUAUCCCUUGGAAGAUAUCCUCGAAGACACCAACGCCGAUGGGACAACACUACUCAAUGCGGCUGUGCAACUUGCACACGGCGAGAUAGUUGAGAUUCUCUUGGACUUCCUGUUUAGCAAAACCGAUAAUAGUGUGGUUGCAAUGUACCUGACCAAAUCAGAUGUACAUGGUCGAACCGUGGGUCAUUAUCUCUUCAGUACACCUUCUCUUCUAGCCCGCCUAGGUGGUCUUCUUCCCUGGCGGCAGAGGGAUAAACAUGGGCAAACCCCGCUCUUUGCCCUUUGUCGGUCGUAUGAUCACCCCGAGUACAGGCUCAUGGUUCAGUCUGCUUUGACAGCAGCACAAAGGGCACAGGGUAAUGGAAAGCCCCUUCAACUGGAUGACCAUGUUGAUGCCAAGGGCAACACACUACUACAUAUUGUGGGAGAUCCGGAAAUUACUACCCGCAUUCUUCAGGAGAGUGACUGCGACCCUAAUGCUACCAACGACAAGCGGUUCACACCUCUGAUGAUGGCCAGCAAAUACGGGCGCGUGGAUCAAGUUCGAAUCCUUUUCUUGGACCCAAGAGUCGAUGUGCAUGUCAAGGAAGCUCGGGGACUGACGGCUGUCGAGCUCGCCAAAGAUGAUGAAGUACGAAACAGAAUCGAUGAUCUGAUUCUGUUAUCACACCCACCAUCAACACUAGGUGACCCUUCAGGCCGUGUCACUACAGUGGUACGUUCUUUCUUCGUUGAAGAUGCAACGGUACGGUUCAUUCUCAAGUCUGGCGCACCACACGCACAAACCCCAGAUUCUGUAGUAUCAUCCCGACCAGGCUCAACAACCUAUACCGUUACCACAUGCCGUCGAAGCUUUCAAGACUUUGAAAACCUUGCCAAAUGGCUGUCAGUCGAGCAUCCUGCUUCUUAUGUGCCAUCUCUUUCCGACUUUAGGAAUCCUUUCCAAAUCCACUCCAAACCGUCUCGAUCUGUGCUUCAUGAUUUGCAGGAAAAGCUUGAUCGCUUCCUGAAAACUCUUUUGACACAUCCCACCUUUGCAACUCAUGAGAUGCUCUGGGAGUUCUUCCUCGUGCCAGAAUUGCAACCGGAGAUGAUGGCAGAUAGAUCUCGAAGCAAGGCAGCUGUGCUGACUGAAACCAUCGCCGAUGACUUCUCCCCGAUCUCCCUGGAGGGUAUGCGUGAUACUGAGCAGUUUGUAUCCCAUGCACAAGAUAUGGUGCGCGGUGUACACGUCAAUACACGCAGUCUGAUACGCCGUGGUCAUGCGCUUCAAAACUCCUCAGCAGAUAUUGCAGACGCCGUGUCUCUUUGCUCAUCUAUGCUUUCCACCCUCCAAGAACCUACAAACGCCCUUCCACAAUCCCACAUCGACGCCUUCACCCGCUACGGCACCUGCCUCUCCACUUCCAGCUCCGACUCCUCCCCACUCCUGCAUUAUCUUGCCACACUCACAUCAAUUGACAACACCACCGCCGCCAUCCUCACAUCUCUCUCUCGCCCUCUCUCUCUCAUGUCAGAUCUCACCUCCACAAAUCGUAGCGUCGCCCGCUCACGCUCGUCUCUCAUCUCCUCAUCCCUGCCUCGCAAAUUCAACAUCAAUCUUCCCGGCUUCGAAGAAUCACGACAGAAAUCUGUCCGUGACCUGGAGCAGAAGAUCGGCGAAGGCGAAGCCGAGUCAGCUCGUCUCGCGAGGGAAGUCUCGUGGAACAAAGAUGUCGUCGUCGGUGAAUUAGCCGGAUGGACGACAUGGCGCGAGAAAGUCGGUCGCGAGGCCAUCCGCGCAUUUGUCAAGAAUACCCUGGUCCGAGAAAAAGAGCGCGGCAAACGUAUGGAGCGCUGCCUGCGCAGUGUGCGAGAUAUGAAACAAUGA